AUGAACUUCACCGAGGGCUGCGAGGCGACGGGACGGCAGCCGGGGAGCGCCGGGAGCCGCCGCCGGAGAGCGCCCCGUCCCGGCCCCGCCGCGCUGCUGCUUCUGCUGCUGUCGCUGCUACUGCCGCCCGCCGCCGCCGCCCCGCUGCCCGCCGCCGCCGACUCGUCCGGGGAGGCCGGGCUGGAGGAGGAGGCGGGGGCGCGACGGGCGCUGCCCGACUGCGAGUCGCUGGCCUGGCUGCUGCACAGCCGCGCCGCCCGGCUGCAGGACGAGAUGUGCGAGAAGUUCUCCGUCUGCGAGAACAGCAUGGAGAUGCUCGUCCGGAACAACCUCAACCUGCCCAAGGUGACGGAGGAGGACGGCUGCCUGCUCGCCGGCUUCGACGAGGAGAAAUGCCUGAGGAAGCUCUCUAGCGGCCUGUUCGCCUUCCAGACCUACCUGGAAUUCAUUCAAGAAACUUUUGCUAGCGAAAAGCAGAAUGUCGAAUCGCUGUGCUACGGCACAAAGCACCUGGCGGCCACGAUCCGGCAGAUGGUGAUAAAUCCCGACGAAGUGAUCAUCCCAGACUCAGCCACCCAGAAAUCCCUCCUCGCCAAGCUGAAGUCGGAUAAGGCCUGGAUAGAGAAAAUCACCACGCACCUCAUCCUCCGAGACUUUACUUCGUUUAUGGAGAAGACCGUGAGGGCCGUUCGCUAUUUGAAAAACACCAGGAGUUUCAGUGCCUGAAUGUUUUAGUUCGGGCACAGUCCUCUGUUACCGAUCUGUCACGUGGCAGAUGGCAGUGUUGUUCCGUUUCAGGAACCAGAUAGUAACAAUGGUUUGCAUUUAUAGACAUUCUCAUUUCCUUCUAGGAACCUAUUUAUUGUAUUUAAAAUAUUUAUUCUUUUCUAAUGUUUUCUAUUUAUAUGAAAUAUUUUCAAUAUUUAGAAAUAACUUAAGCAAAACACCUGUUUCAUUUCUUAUGGUACUAUUCAGAAUAUCAACUUAUUUAUUACGUAUUCAAUGCCAAGGAAAAUGUCCAGAAGCCAGACUGUUGUAUAACUUAUGCUUUUAAAAUAUUUGAGAGAUUGUAUUUUUUAUCUAUUUAUAUUUUUUAAACAAAUAAAAGCUCACUGGGGAAAAAAA